AUGUUGAUGCGCAGCCGGCAUACUGAGCGCAACUCACCUCCAGUGGGCAUGGGCAAGCACCGAGGUCGCGCAGGCGGCGGCCGCCCCGCUGCACCGAGAGGAGACGCGCUGGUGGUCGUGAACCCGUCUAUGCUGCAGUCCAGCGCGCGCGCGGGCUCGAAGCCGCAGCAGAGCGGCAAGAAGAAGGCGCAGAACCAGCCCAAGAAGCGCAAGGCCGACGGCAAUGGCUCCAAUGGCUCUAACAAGGCGCAGAAGAAGCGCAAGAAGCAGCAGGAGGGCAAGACGAUCGUCAGCAAUGUGGCAGUGUCCAGUGCCGCCAAGUUGACGGUCGAGGAGGGCGGCGGCGCGUCCUGCUCCGUGCUCAGGGUGAAGAGGGACGGCGAUCUGUUGGCGGGGCUCUACUGGGUGCUGCAGUCGCGCAACUCGCCGCGCGCGUGCGUAGUUGCGCUCCCCAGUCAGUUUGAGACCUUGCCCCCUCAAUUGGCCGCGAUGCUGAAGCAUCUGGGGUUCCAAGCGGUGGCGCUGCACCGUAAGAUGACGGCGGGGCAGCGGAACGAAACGGUGCAGAGACUCAAGAGCUCGACGGCGACGACGCCACUGCAUGCAAUGGUGCUGGUGACGACGGACCAUUUGCUGGCGAGUGCUGCAUAUGCGAAGGCGGAUGUGACGCUGGUUGGCGGAGUGAGUGCGGCGGCUGCUGAUGUGGCGUCGGCGAAGUUCGCUCAUGUGCACCAGGUGACGGCAGCGGCGGCGGGAAUGGGAGUGGAGCUGCUGAACUCGAGUGCGUUCAAGCCAGAGAUGACUACGCCGUGCUUGCAGCAGUUGCAAGCGCGGUUGAAGCUUGCGGGGCAGAUCGUGGACAUUGCGCAGCGUGUUGGCAAGACUGGAGCUGCUACUCAGGACGGUGAUGAUAAGUGGGCUCGAAAAUUCGCAAAGGGAGCAGAUCUGGAUGACGACGACGAUGAAAGCGGCCAAAAGAAGAAAAAGAAGCGCGCGAUGACUCCGAAUGAGCAGAGACUGCAAGCACUGACGGAGAAGCUUUACGUGAGCCUUACGCGCAAGCUGUCAGGCCUCAAGUCGUCUAACAGCAAUGCAGCUGCGAGCAGCGAGCAGGAAACUGAUAGCCAGCAUCGCCGCGAGAAGCUCGAAGUGUUGGGUCUCGUCACCGUUAACGCUGCUGUUGGUACCGCCAUGACAGACGAACGCACGUCAGCGCAGACGAGAUGGAUGGACUUUGCGGAAGGCAGAGCACACGGGGGUCAGUGGGAAGGAGCAGUUCGUCAUGGCGCUUCGAAGGACGCGACAUCUCUAGCUGUUCGUGAAAAGCUCUGUGCGGCACGAGGCAGAGCCAAGGAUGACACCUUUUUGAGCAAGUGGGCCCCGAACAAGGAGCCUGUCGACGCUGACAAAUGGGGUGGUGCGUUCGGAAAGGUGUGCGGCCACAACGAGGUGGUGAUGAACACGCUGAGGUCGUUUUAUCCGCAGGAGGUGCUGAACUCCAAGGUCUGCAGCAAGCUUUUCCCAGCACCCGGUAACCAGGGAUUCGAUGGCUGUCUGGAGCAUUUACGCCUGGCUUGCAUGGCUCAAGGCAAGAGCAUGACGCUGUGGGACGCGGAGUACUUCGUCUUCAUUUCGUCCCGCGGACGCGUCACCUGGUCCAAGAAGAGCCAACUGCUGUCGCUGUCGCUGGCGAGCUUGCAGUGUCUUGUUCCGGCGCUGCGUAGCUGGACCACCGCAUGUGAGGGCCACAUGCCGCCCAGCGCAGUUCUUCGUGCGAUCCAGCUUUGCUGCCAGCUCGGCAGCGGUGACAAGCGCUCGAGCGAUGAUAACUUGCCCCCAAAGGCGUUGAAGCGCAUCGUGACCUUCGCGUUUGGCGGGUCUGCUCGCCUCUGGCGUCAAAUUGCAAAGGUGCAGACGCCGCUAGAAGAGGAAACCGUGUACGACGCCCAGUAG